CCGUGCCCGUGCGACACGCUUUCUGCGAAACGGCCGUGCGCGGGGACCUCUCUAGCAUAGGCUGGUUCCAAGGCCGCAUCGACCCCGAUAGGCCGCUGCUAGCCCCAGGCCACUCCCUAGUGCACGUCAGCUACGCCGCGUUGAACUUCCGUGAUGUUAUGAUGGCUUCCGGCAAACUGGACACAGAGAUUGCUGUGUGUGACGAUCCGGACUCUAUUAUUGGAUUCGAAUUCUCGGGACGCCUCACAAACGGUCGCCGUGUGAUGGGAAUGAAGAUGGGAGGCUGCUUGUCAACGGAGGUUGUUGCGCCUAAUUAUCUUCUUUGGGACGUACCCGAAGAAAUGACUCUUCUUCAAGCUUCCACUGUGCCUACUGCCUAUGCAACGGUAAGGCGCGCACAAUGGAACUCGAAAGGAGUUGGUUUUCGAAACGUGUUCGAGAGG